GUCGCAUAGGGUCUACGUUCAACAUACCCUUUCUAUCCGCUCGGAGUGUGGCCGCCACUCGACGUUAUGAUCGUGAUCCUGCUCGCGCUUGCCAACUCCCGAAUUUAUGAUGUUCAAGUGGUUCACCGGCACUGCUCAGCUUCACUCGAGUUGCGUUCUGUAGGCGGAUUUCCACUCCCUCCCCCCUUCCCCUCCCUUCCCAGUGCAAUACUAAAUAAACACAUCUAGUUCCAGCCAAAGACGAACGCGAGGAUAAUUCAGUUGUCACAAAACGCUACAGAGAUUUACACGCCAGCUAGUCACUUGUGUUUGCGAGCAAGCGUUUGCUAGCAGCUUGCUUUUUGUUAAAUCUACUGAACCUUCAACUUUUGUACGUGAGACAUGAUAUUGUAUCCCCCUCCCUAUACCGUACCCUCGGCACGGGUACAGCCGUAGCCCCAAGUAAAGUGUGUACUAAAUGUCACGUUCUAAUUUAACAUGUGAUUGUUUCAGCAUUCAAGAUCCUUUCCUAAGGAAAUAUUUCAAGAAGGAAAACUUGCUAAACCACGUCCAAUAUGUGAGGAGUAGGAGGUUACCACGGUCCCCUCGCUUCCUCCAGGAAGCAGAGGCCAUCCUCAUGGAUAGUGAUAAUAGAUUUAUGGCACGGACAGAGGACGACAAUACAGAAUUCUAUCAGGGCAUAGUGGGGCAGCCCGAGGAGGAAUCACUCGUUUUUGCAAGCAAGAGAAUGCUUGCUAUACUCCAGAAUGACGACGUAAUCCAAGGAGAUGACACCUAUAAAAUUAGGCCAUACAUUAACAAGUCCAAGCAUGUAUUCAUCGUGUCAGUCUACCACAAUAAUCAAAUGUAUCCUCUAGCCUACGCUGUGAUGACAAGGGGCACCUCCACUGCAUACGCAGCCGUUCUCCAAAAAUUAAAGGAGCUGGGUUUGCGGGGCCAGGCUGUCGUCACAGACUGGGAUGACGGGCAGAGGAAGGGAUGGAAGGAGGCCUUUCCCAACAUGAAGCAAUGGGGGUGCUACUUUCAUUUCCUCCGAGCCAUGUACCGAAACGCCAAGGGCCUGCAGAAAUUUCUAACUACAAGUACGGGCCUUGUGAGCCGGGUGCUGCGCAUGCUCGCUGCCAUACCCAGGCUCGAAGCAGAACAUAUGCUAGAAGCGUUUGAUAUUAUCUGGAGCAUGGCCAGCGACCUCACUAAUGAACAGGCAACGGAGCAAGAGGUUGCAGCACUUCUCCGUUACCUUCAAUAUUUCAAGCGUGAGUGGCUGUCCGGCAAUAAGCCUGCUGACCUGAGUGUGAAGGGUCGGGUCAUACACACAACGAGCGGGCAGGAAUCGCUACACCGCCAACUCAACACUAGUCUCAAUAACUAUGGACAUCCCAGCUUCUGGAAAUUCUUGACACUGAUACGCCGACUUGAACACAAGGCUUACUACGACUAUAACACGACAAUAGAGACAGGAACGACCAGAACUACACACAGGACAAAAAGACUAAAGACCAAACCAUUUAACCACAGAGACCUACAAUUUGACAAAGACAUAACGACUGCCUACAAAGACUGGACACUAAACAAAAACAUAAAGGAUUUCUUGACUCUGGCGGCCCAUGGAGUUCGAGAACAAAUGGAAUUCUUUGCAUUGUUCCACGAAGACUUGGAAGUCCCUGAGCCAUACGAAGUUGACCCGGACGGGCCGGAACCAGUAUUUGACGAGCCAGCACCUGACCUUGAGCCGCCACGGGACAUGCCACCCGUGCUUAUUGAACAACCAGUAGCCCAGGCCCCGCAGGCCCCGCAGGCCCCGCAGGCCCCGCAGGCCCCGCAGGUCCCGCAGGUCCCGCAGGUCCCGCAGGUUCCGCAGCAGGUCCCGCAGGUCCCGCGUGAGGCCCCGCGUGAGGCCCCGCGUGAGGCCCCGCGUGAGGCCCCGCAUGAGGCCCCGCAUGAUGACUACUCAUUUGAAUUUGAAGACUUCCUAAUGCUCCCUGACCAGCAACCUAUAGGCAUAGUGGAUUCUAGCGAGCCAGGAAAGGCCCCGCAGACCCCGCAGGCCCCGCAGGAUCCGCAGGAACAGCAGGACUACGACCAUGACCUCGUGUCAUUCGAUGACAACCGAAGACUCCCUGACCAGGAAGCUACAGGCAUCUUCGUGUAUUUUGGCGAGCCAGGAACAUCCCAAGAGCUGGAGCUGCCCGCCAUGGGCCUGGCCCUAGAGCAGAACAUCGAAGAGCAGGAAGGCCCCCCACUACCUACACAGAAACCUGACGGGCCAGACUUACAAAACCUGGAUGCUUGGUGUGCAGCUAGAGGCAUCACAGGAGCUGAAAGGAGGCGACUUAAAAAAAAGCAGCAGAGGUGCAACAGAAGGCAACGCGACCGUGAUCUGGUACGAUUUCAAGUUUGUUUCUGUCUUUUUAUCCUAUACGAGUACGAGUAUUGA